AUAAAUAAAAUUACAUAAUUUGUUAUUGUUUUCAACAUUUGUGUUACAUUACAUCCUGGUACGUUGAACUUUUCUAGUUGCGAAAUAUUAACUCGUUCCGUUCGCGGGGUAUUUUAAUGAAGUAUUAUCUCCGGAUGAUACAAUAGUGUGACAUUUUUAUUAUUCGACUCGUGCGCAAUCCGACAUACAGUUCUUUAGAGAAAGAUGUCAUUUUAUCGUACAUGUGACAAUGGUUUACAGAGAAUUUAUAUUAUUAGUUGCAAUAAUACAAUUAACUUACUCGUUGAGAAUUAAUUUCACCAGUUGCCAACAGACUGAGUGGAACUGUCCUAGUAAUAUACCAAGUGAUGUUGUUUAUAAUUGUGCCGCUGUUAGAGCUAAUGAAUUCGUUAUACAUUUAAGAGAUUUUUACACUGAUCAUAUAAGCUUGAUUGUACAGAAUUGCAAAGACUUAAAAGUGAUAAUCGAUUGUCCUGUUUUGCAAAGACCAUCGAGACUUCAGUCAAUUAAAAUCAAAAAUUGUGAUCGUCUUGAAUUUGCGACGCUUACACCAAAUUCUGCAAUUCAAACUCCGUCUGAUAUAACAUUGGAGAAUGUUAAAAAUAUUGUAAAUCUACCGAGGAAAUUUUUUAAAUCGCCAACCAAUGCUUUUGAAACAAAAUGCUUAGGAGCUGUUUUAAAGAAAAUCCGCGUUGCGAAUAGUAAAAUAUUUUCCAUAAAUACUAAAGCCGUUUAUAAUGUUAGUGGAGCGAGGAGUAUUGAAUUUGAUAAUGUGACAAUUACAAAUAUACAAACGCAAGCGAUAGAAAUUAUCGGCGGUGAUAAUAUAGCUUUUAUAAUGAACAAUUGUACCAUUGGUAAUUUAGAAUCGAAAAGCAUAACCGUUCAAAGUAGAAGUACAAUCAUAUCUAAUAAUGUUUUCAACGAUAUUGUUGCAAAUAGUAUUAACAUAACGUCAGAAAUAUUAAACGUUAAUAAAAAUAAUUUCAAGGAAAUACGAGCUAAUGGACUGAUGCUUACUUCAGCUAAAACAGAUUUCAAUGAUAACUAUAUUAAAGUACUUAAAAGCAACGCUUUGACAAAUGUUAAAUGCUUGAGAAGACGGAUGAAUAAGAAACAUUUUAAAUUCAUUAAAAAUAGAAUUGAAAAUGUCGAACCUUACGCCUUAAAUUUCGACUAUCAGAGUUGCAAAUCUAGUGGUUCCACGGUAAUAUAUCAAGAAAAUAAAUUAGAUUGCAGAUGUCGAAAUGUUGCAUAUCUAGCAUCUACAGCGAGAAACGAUUUACACGGUGUUAUAUUAAAUGUAUCGAAUUCCAAUACUUGUAUAUCAGCACCUUGUUCAUUGCCUAUUGAAGUUGUAAAAUUGUUAUUGGAAAGUGCAAUGUGUCAGAUAAACCUCGACGCUCAAGUCAUGUGUUUAUUAUAUAACGAUAGGCAUACAACUAAUUAUGAUAUAACAACCGACGAAGAUGUAACAGAACCAGCUCCAACGUUUUAUUUAAUAAGACAAGCGAAUGCUCCAAAAGGAGACGCGAGCGCAGCAAUGACGGCUAUAGAUAAAGAUAAUCUCUUAAAAGAUAGUCAUCUUAAUAUGACGAAUAGAACAACGAUCAAAGUUGUAUUUGAUUCAUCAAGAGAUUUCGUCGAAACAUUAAGGAGUACAAAAACGAGCUAUAAUAAACCAGAAGUACAGAAACCUCAAGCAAAAGAUGAAUAUGCAAGUGUUUGCACAGGACCUCAUUGUAGAAACACAGUCGCCUAUAAUAAACAGAAAGCUUUAGAGUUUUAUAAAUACGUAUACGCACAGUUGCGACCAAAACAAUUAGAUAAUAAGAAAAAGAAAACAUGAUUUUUGUAUUGUUUACAAAUAAAAUUGUUGCUUUGUU